AUGUUGAGACUGAAUCAUCUGCUGCUGCAGAGGAUUAUCUCGUACUUGGAUGACAAUAUUGACAGAAUAAGCUUGGUGUUGGCUUGCCAACAUUGGUUCAAGGAUAUUGAAAGAUUCCUCUUGUUCAACGUGGACAACAUGUAUCAAUCAAUAGAGUACUACAAGAGCAUCAACACCAGUACCAGCACAUUCAACAUGCAGCACAGCACCAUCAGCCUCAACACCUUUCGCUCGCGAAUAUCCACCUCUCUGUCGCUCCUAAACAAUCGACGAGAUACACACGAUAAGGUCAACACUUUAGAGGAUCUUGAAAGGAUACCUAGUCAAUUACAACAUCUUCACUUUGGCAAUAUAUUCAAUGCCAAGUUGCCUGUUGGAAGUAUUCCGGCAUCGGUCAAUCAUAUCCAUUUUGGCAGUUUGUUCAAUCAAACAUUACAAUGUGGUGCACUACCUGCUCGUCUCACUCACUUGUCGUUCGGAAAUACGUUCAAUCAGGUAUUGGAACCUGGCAGCCUGCCCGCCACCCUCACCUCGCUUCGUUUUGGCGACUCAUACAAUCAACCGAUCGCCAAACAUUCACUUCCAGACUCCAUAACCAUUCUUCAUUUGGGCUUCCAGUUCAAUCAGAGUAUAGCCCCGCGCACACUUCCACUUGGACUGACUCACUUGCAGUUUGGCUUCCAUUUCAAUCGAUCGUUGGACGGCUUGGACGUGCUGCCACCAUGGUUGACUCAUCUCAUAUUUGGCGAGUGCUUUGACCAAGACAUUUUACCGGGAGUCCUAUCUAGCUCCCUUGUUCACCUUCGAUUCGGAGAACACUUUAACCAACCGAUUGCUGUCGGUUCACUUCCUUCAUCGCUUACAUACCUCCGCUUUUCCUAUGACUUUAAUCAUGCAUUCCUCCCUGAAGCCUUGCCUCAAGGACUACGGCGUCUUGAGCUCGGAUCGCAGUUCAAUUAUCCGCUGCAGCCAAACAUACUCCCAUCUUCACUCACUCACUUGUCCUUUGGCUGGGAGUUCAGACAGCCCCUAGGUCCUGGAGUCCUGCCCGAGUCACUGACCCAUCUUUCACUUGGACAUCAGCUCAAUCACACCCAGCUUCAUCUGCCUCAAUCAAUCACCUACCUUUAUUUUGGAGAGGAGUUCAACUGCGACAUCCGCCCAGGCAUGUUGCCUGGCUCACUCAUCCAUCUCAGGUUUGGAAAUGGUUUCAAUCGACCAGUGGUCCCUGGAAUGCUUCCACCAUCUCUCUCGCACGUUGACUUUGGAGCGCGAUACUCGAAAGGGCUGAGUCCAGGAACACUCCCGAGCUCUGUCGUCCAGCUCACAGUUGGCCACCCAUUCUUUGUUAGCAACACCUUUGACUCGUUGCCAUGUCACGUCAAGAACAUCAAGAUCAUACUCAAUCAGGACUCACUUCGCAUUCGUCUACUCGAUGAACAUAAGGCCCUGGCCCUGACCGAGCGCCUGGAGGGUGGUUUCCUGUCCAGGCAGGCGUUGCAGCGUCUGUCAGCCGGUGGUGGUUCAUCACUAUACAAGUUCUUGGAGGAUCGUGGCAAUCUCGAGGAGCAACUCGACGAAGAUUUUGACGGAGACAACACCAUGGAGUCUGGUGAUGAGGAGCGCAUGGAAUAUCGGCGACGAAUCAAAAGAUUGAAGCGAGAACAGCGACAAAGUGGUACCAAGUUGUCGACCAUCACUGAUGACGAAGAAGAGGACCCCACCUAUGACUAUGAAGAUGAGACACACUCACACUCAUUCGAUGACGAUGAAGAGUACUCUGAUCUAGCCUAG